AUGGAUUCUGACUCCUUUGAUUCAGGAGUUUACACAGAAAUGGAUGAUUCCAUAUCUUCGAGUGAUGAGCUAGAUGUUCAACAUCCUAUAGCAGUUCGGAUUGCUCCUGCGGAAGAAGCUCCCGUCGAAGAAGCGGCUCCAUCGGUAGAGCGCCGAAGUCUUUAUUCAUUGGGCUACCUGAACUUCUUUGAAAAAAAACCUGCUUCUUUCGAAGAAGAAAUGAAUUCUUGGUAUGAUUAUAUGAGAGCCUAUACUCCUUUGAUGCAUUUGAUGCUAGAGGAAUAUAAAUUCAGAUGGGAUCAUUAUCAAUACAAACGUCGUUCUCGAAUGGCCGCAAACUUCCAGGAGUCGGAAGACGAUUCCGACAACUCCAACAGUAGCGUUACAAGUAGCAUAGUAGACGGUUUUCCUAACUCUGACGAAGUUCACACUCAUAGCUUUAAUAAUCAUAUGGAAAGCAUUAGACCGGGAUACUAUAUGUUUUUAUCAUAUUUCCAGGGGGGAUGGAACUACCCCCUCGUCAAAAGAUUUCUAAAAACUCAGGCAAGUUGA